CAAACGAUGAUUGUAAAAUUACUAAAUAAAUUCAAAAUUAUAUUAAAUUGAAUUGUAGUUUCGGAAAAUAUCGUGAGUUCUUUACAAUUUGCGGCUCAACUGACUGUCGUGGAUACUUGCUGCUGCUGCCACUGUCGAUUAAUGAGAUGACAUUAUUGCCAUCGCAAGUCGACGCUGUCGUUGUCGUUGUGUAACAAAUAAAAUUAGACAGACACUUACACUUUCAAGAAGAGCUUACCAUCUAAGUCGUUAAAAAUGCAGGGAAACUAAAUAUAUAUGAAAUUACCAGUGCUUUGCAAAAACACAAAUGAAUAAAGUUCUACGUGAUCAUUUGUUGUUAAAACUUUUGCAAAAUUGGACAAACCCUUUGCGACUUCGUACGACAGCGAGAGGUCGUACCCACAAGCAGUGUUCGGAAGGAAAGCACCAUCAGCGAAGAUGGUACUGCCUCCUUUACCACGCAACCUCAAAGCUUGACCGGUUAGAUAACGCUUAUAACAUUUAAAAACAUUUUGAAACUAAAUGCGACGACACGAACAUCAUGCAAAACCCUCGAAAAGGCUGCAGCGCCAAGAUCAAAAUUCAAACAGGAGUAACUCAAAUGUUUCUAGCGAGGAACAUACCGUGCAAGAAAUUAAAGUCAAAAAGUCGGGACAGCCACCGCCUAAAACUGUGUCCACAAGGCAAAACUCAACCCCGACUUUAAAACCAAAAGGCACGGCAUUUAGAAAAUCACUACGCAAGCAGGAAUCGGCUACAGAAUACACCAGCACAACGUCGUUAAAAUCGUCACCGCUUCAGUCACAGACACCAUCGCCAUCACGAGCACCAGCAUCACAAUCAUCACCCAGCAAACAGAAUAUUUUGAGUCGAGUCCUGCGACAGUUUUCUAGCAACGCUUUAACCGGAAAAUCUACGAACUAUAGCAAAAACGAAAGCCAAGACCAGAUUGAAAGGGAAAACAACAAUUGCAAUCUGGAAACAAAGGAUAUAGUUGAGGAGCCCUCAUUUAUAGAAGACAUCACAGAAUUAGAUGAAAAACAUAAUGAAGGAAAAAUGGAUGGUAAUACUCAGUCGCCCGACGUUAGCACGAACACUCGAAAGAUUGGGGUAGUGUCCCUAGACACGAACAAGGAUAGUAAGCCAGCCAAGACGCCGCCAAAGGUUGCACCUACGGAAUCCAAUAAAAUGGAGGGUAGGAAGUCUUCUUCGGAUACGGUAAUAGACCCAUUGCUAAAACAACAUGCAGCUAGUACACCGCAAAGCUCGAAGACGGCACCAACUUCCUUCAAGGCACCCCAAGGCAAAGUCGCGGCGAAUAUACAAAAUAUGCGCUUCAUACGGAAAAAUGUCGAGCAAACGAAUCGUACCCCAUUGCAGUUUGUGGAGCUCGAAACUGAGUUUCCGCGUGAUUAUGACGACAACAUUGAGAUGUUGUCCCGUGAGGCGGAACAUCUGGAGGAACAGUUCCGUACACCGACCCGAUCGAACGCAACAGAUACUGCCAGCCAUCAAGUAGCUGGCAUUAUCGAGAACAUCAUUACGGAGGCGUCGCGUAGCGUAAAGCAAGAGAAGGUCGAAUACGAAGUGCCAUUAAAAUCUGCCAAACUAUCAAGUGGUGUCAAACGCGUAGGCUUUCAUGUUGAGGACAAAGACGUUGAGGCGGAAGUGAAUGAGAAACUGCCCAAAGGCAUCGAUGUUCUAUCUAAGCAACCAGAGAGUGGCGAGGCGAGCUCUGGAGAUGCCGCCCAAGCGGGGACUUCAACCGAUACUUCAGUAUCGCUUCCAUUAUCAACAUCUGCAGUAUCGGCCACAUCAUCGUCCACAUCCAUAACGAAAAGCAAAAGUGAUGAAGAUGAUGACCCGGUGGCUAUGUCUCCUUGCGGACGUUUCUUUAAAUACGACAAAGAAGUUGGUCGUGGUUCUUUCAAGACGGUUUACCGAGGCUUAGACACGUUAACAGGGGUGCCAGUGGCAUGGUGCGAAUUAUUGGAUAAACAAGUAAAGAAAAGCGAACGUACUCGAUUUCGAGAAGAAGCCGAUAUGUUAAAGAAAUUGCAACACCCAAACAUUGUUCGCUUUUACACAUAUUGGGAAUUUCCAGUUGGACGCAAAAAAAACAUUGUACUAGUCACAGAACUUAUGCUAUCUGGAACAUUAAAGUCGUAUUUGAAGCGGUUUAAAAAAAUACACCCAAAGGUAUUAAAGUCGUGGUGUCGACAAAUCUUGAAGGGCUUGAAUUUUCUGCAUACUCGUCAAUUUCCUAUAAUUCAUCGUGAUUUGAAAUGUGAUAAUAUUUUUAUAACUGGCACCACUGGUAGUGUUAAAAUCGGCGACUUGGGACUAGCAACGCUUAAAAAUCGCUCCCACGCGAAAUCUGUGAUUGGUACCCCGGAAUUCAUGGCUCCGGAAAUGUACGAGGAGCACUAUGAUGAAUCGGUAGAUGUAUAUGCCUUUGGAAUGUGCAUGUUAGAGAUGGCCAUAUCCGAAUAUCCGUACAGUGAAUGCAAAGGCCCAGCGCAGAUAUACAAAAAAGUGAUAUCGGGUAUAAAACCAGCCGCGCUCUCAAAAGUUGAGGAUCCCAAUGUUCGUGACAUUAUAGAACGGUGCAUCGAAUUGAAAAAGGAAGAUCGCCCAAGUUGCAACGAGUUACUGGAAUCUGAGUUUUUUGACGAAGAUAUCGGUAUUCGGGUCGAGCCAACAGCUUCAGAACAGUUCCUUUCCGAUCCCGCGAUCAGUAUCAUUGAGUUCCGUUUACGAUUUAUGGAUCCGAAAAAACGAUCGUCUAGACACAAGGAAAAUGAAGCAAUACAAUUUGAAUAUAAUAUCAAAAGUGAUGAAUAUGAGCAAAUCGCUCAAGAAAUGAUGAAGGAAAACAUUAUUUCUGAGGACGAUUCGCGAGCAGUCGCUCGACUAUUAAAGGUGCAGGUUGUUUCUCUACUUAAAGAACGCGCCCAGCGUCAGACGCAAAUCAAGCUACAGAACGAAAAGUCUCGACUCGAAAAACUAGCUCUGCAAAAGCAACGCGAAACCCUCCCCGCUAAUGUGGACGAAGAAGAAGAGGAAGAAGAUGAUUCGGAAGACGAAGAAGACGGUGUGAAAUGGAAUCAACGACUGCAAUUAAAGUAUGACCUUUUAAACACAGAUUCCGAGACCAGUUUAGCUGUCUCAACGAAUAGCACCGAUCCGCAAAAUGUAGCCGCUAGAUCCCAAACAUCUAUUCCUAAUGGCACCCAACCGCCACAGCAACAACAGCAGCCAGUGCCGGGGCCGGGCCCGCAGCUAUUACCUAUGCAGCAACAAGUUAUUGCAUCUUCCACCAUGUCAAUGCAACAACAGCCAACGGUGCAAUACAUGCAGAAUUCUCAAAUGGCGUCCUACCAAAAUAACACCAACAACAUACAGGACAUUUCUAGCAACCAGGUCGUUUCACCAACAGGUACUCAACAACAGCAACAGCAGCCUCACCAGGCAAGUGCCACGCCCAUAAAUGCUGUACCCAAUCAGCAAAUAGUGCAGUCAAACAUCGUCAUGCCUGCGCAAGUCAAUAUUGUCGGCCAGAUGCAGCCAAACCAGCAAUUACUCAACCAAAAUCAGACCCAUCAGUUGGCGCAGCAAUUACAGCAACAGGUCCAUCAGCAGGCCUCCCAAAUGCAAGCGGUUGGCACACAGCAUGAACAGCAACAGUUGGGGGACCCUCAGAAGGGCCACCAAAUGCCGCUGCAACACCAAUUGCAGCAACUAAUGCAUACUAAUGCUCAGGCCAAUGAUUUAGUGGCGCAGCAACAACAGCAACAAAUCAUUCAACAGCAGCAAUAUUAUCAGCAACAGCAACAAGUGUCAGCUCAGCUUCCAAUGCAUCAAGUCCAACUGUCGCAGCAACCACAGCAGCAGCAACAAUAUUCCAUUCAACAGCCGCUGCAAAUGCCUCAGCAAUCCAUUCAACAACAACAGCCACAGCAGCAGCAGACGUCACAGCAAAUGUUACAGCACCAAAUUGCCCAGCAACAGCAAUUGGCCCAGCAGCUGCAGCAGAUUCAUCAGCAACAGCAAUUCCUUCAGCAGCAACAGUAUCAUGCCUUGCCCCAACAACAACAACAAACACCUCAACAAAUUUCAAUCCAGGCCCACAACACGCAGAUGAAUAUUCAACCACUAGUCACAGGCUCCCAAGUCGUAGCGCCAACUCAGUCCCAACAGUCGGCUCCUAUACAAAUGCAGGUUCAAAUGCAGGUACCGACUUCCAGUUCUGUUGCCUCAACUGUGCAGCAGCAGCAGGCGGUGCCAGCCACAUAUUCGCAGCAAACUCAACAGCAGUUGUCACAACCCAUGGCACAUGUUGCUGAGAGCCAUACCCAUCCCAAUUACGCCGCCGUGCCCACACAGAUGAACCAACAGCAGCAGCAGCAGUUUUUGCAGCAGCCCAUGCAGCAACAACAGUCUUUGCAGCAACAACAACCUAUACAGCAACAACAGCCUUUGCAGCAACAACAGCCUAUGCAGCAACAACAACCCAUGCAGCAACAGCAGCCUAUGCAGCAACAACAGCAGCCUAUGCAGCAACAACAGCAGCCUAUGCAGCAACAACAGCAGCCUCUGCAGCAGCAGACCCUUCACCAACAGCCCUUGCAACAAAUACCUUUAGAACAGCAAUUGCAACAACUAUUGCAUAGUCAGCCACAAACUCAACUGCCUCCACCGACAACGCAACUGCAACAACUGGAACACCAACAGCCGCAGCAGACACAGCCACAGCAAGUUCAAAAUGUACAGCAAGUUCAAGCUGCAUUGCCAACUCAACUACAAACAGUUGGACAGGAGUCGACUGAGGCACCUGUGGUACCAGGGGUACCGCCUUUGAGCGCAGAUGCAGCUCAACAAAAUACCGAACAAACGAACUCAGCUGAUGCAGAGAAACAGAUGAAACAACAGGGAUCCCGCACUCAAAAGCCACGGCGGACGAAUCGAAGCGGCAACGAACGUAUCCCAAAACUGAGUGUAACCAGUGUGGAAGAGGGUAGCGUUAUAAAUUGUCACAUGGAAAAUAAACUAAAAACCAUAACAUUUAAAUUUGACAUCGGCGAUGUCAAUCCAGUUGAAAUUGCCAAUAAACUGAUCGCGCAAGAUUUGCUUUCCAGUUGCCAAAACACUGUAUUUGUCGAGAUGAUUAACGAGAUUGUCGAGCAGGUUAAGCAAAAUCCUAAUCAAAUUCCAGUCCCAACGAGUUAUCGCCGCAAUAUUGAGAAGGUCCGUCAUGCAUCCUUAACUCGACAGCGUUCCACAUUUAGAACACACCAAAGACAUAGAUCUCGGGACGAAACCGCCAGCGAUAUCACAAAGAUGUUUGAGCCUACCAUACACGGCGUCGAGGCUCUGGCCACAUCAGGUGGGUCUGAUAAGGGUAGCGCCGAUUUCUGCAACGUAGCUGCAGAUGCACGAUCCCAAACCUCGACCCUGACAAACCCAGAUAUGCAAACAAAUGUCGGAACACCUCCAACGACUACUUCGACCAUGUCCUCAUCCUCAACGACCUCACGAGAUGCGGGAAAUAACAGCAAUGAUGUGACGAUAGGCUCGGGCUCUGUAUCACGGAAAACUAGCACGGCAUCCGAGUAUACAUCACUAUCCAUUGACUACAUGCCGGACAACAAUGUCACGCCCACCGGCAACGAACAGCUUCCUUCUCUGGAUGCCAUUAAGGACAAGCCAAGAACUGGCCAUAUAUCGCGAAGCCAUGUGAAGAGUCGGGUUCAAAAGCUUUUAGAGUCGAGCUCUGGCCCUACGCCCCGAAGUUUAAAUUUGCCACUGAACCGUCACUUGAAGAUUGAGGAGGACCUAAAGCAUACGAGAAGUUUGGAUGAUUUGACCGAAGUGAAGAUAACAUUUGAAAUGCCUACCAAAGCGGGAAAGACAGCACCCAGCCACUCAGUGGGCGAAAAGCCCAGAUCUGAGACAAGUUCAACCGUUGCACAGCCAAGCGCCAAUACGCUGGAACAACUCAAGAUCGAGCUCGAGAACAUAACUCAUGCUAAUGCGUUAGCCUCUGCCGUCGUAGCGUCUAUGAAUACUCGUGGCACUCAUCAGGCAUCACCAACAAUUUCAUCGAUGAAAGGCACUCAACAGGCCACGUCAACGUCUCAACAACCCCAAGAGAUCAUCAAGCAGGGCCCAGCGUCAUCGGUACCUUCUCUUGGCCAGAACACUCCUACUGCUGCGCUGAACUCGGCGCGAGGUUCAUCGGUUUAUAACUCUCGGCGCACCUCAAUUGAUAAUAGCCUGGGAUCCGAUGCACAGACAAAUGUCACCAACAUUAUCGAAGGCACUGGAGCGGUCUCGUGUGCAUCUGAUAACACGCCUACUGAUGGCCUCAACGUUGCAGCCAGUACCGCCACCACCGCUGCCAGUGGGCACGAGAAACUCUCGAAGCAAGGCAGUCUGGAAAAGACAUCGGUGACAUCCAUUGUGAGCUCAGUCAGCGCCACAGUUGAGACCUCGGCGUCUCAACAGCCACAAAGAAAUCCCAGCAACGGAUCCCUUAACCAAAGCUCCAUAGCAGAUUUGGAAAAGAAAUUGGCAGCAUUGCGCAACACUGAAAAUAUUGAAGAGCCCUCAGCGCCAACAGUAGCAACGGCACCGACUGUUAAGCCAGCGGACGAGACGCCCAGCGCCAAUGCUCGAAAAGUAUCACGCUUUAGUGUUAGUCGCGUGCAGGAGCAAAAAACUUCCACAGACGAGGGCCCCCAACAAAAUCAACUAAAAAUCGAUCUACAUCUGGCCGCUGGAGGACAGGGCACAAAUCCUGCAUCCAUGCAGAAUGGUAGUCUCGUCAACACGCCUACUGAGCUGAUGCACUCUCCCAUUCAGAAUGUGCCUUUGGCCAUGAAUGGCAUACAGCUGAUUUACCAACAGCAGCAGUCGCAGGGUCCGACAGUGGUGGCGGGUCCACCACAGUGCAUCGUCAACAAUGCGGUUGCGACUCAUGCUCCAGUUCAGGGUAUGCCAGUUGCUCAACAGCCCAAUGUGCAGCCCCAAAUUCCCAACCUGCAACAGCAACAACAGCAGAGGCAGCAACAACAGUUGCAAUCAAAUAUUCCGCAGCAGCAACCCUCGAUUAAUGGACAUCCUCAAAUGGUAAAUCAACAACAACAGCAACAACAGCCAGUGUUGGCAACAAUGCAAAUGCCACAGGGGCAGCAACAACACGCAUUACUACCACAGCAGCAGCCACAAAUUAUUUUGCAACAGCAGCCACAGCAGCAGCAAUUGUCGCAACCACAACAACAAUUUAUGCAGUCCCAGCCUCAUCAAAUGCAUCAAUUGCCGCCACAGGUGGUGCAACAGCAGCAGGUGCAGCAGCAGCAGCAGCUACCGCCGGCAAUGCAGUUACCAACGCAAGUGUCGGCGGCACAACAAAUGGUUGUUCAACAGCAACCGCUUCAAAUGCAGUCUCAGAUCUCGGGUAUGGCUUCGAUGGUGCCUUCGAUGUAUGGUCAACAACCAUCAGCUCAUAUGGCCGCACCACAAAGCUUCCAGCAGCAGGUGCCGCAACUGAUGCAGCAAACACCGCUCUUGAAUGCACAGUCCGCAGCUCAACCCAUGCAGCAUGUAAUGCAGCCCCUUUUUAGCGCUGCUGCUGGGGAAGUUACCGAGGAGCCCGUAUCACUUGCUGCUACCCACCCACACCUGCUGCCCAGCGACAUUCAAUCGGACAUUAAGCAUAAUCUAGACUCUUUGGUUAAUCAAUUGUGCAACACUCGCUUGGGUACAAAUCAACACCAACGUCUGUUGCUCCUACGCCAGAGGCAGCUAAUUGAAGAAGAUGAGUUACGUCUGAAACACUAUGUAGAAUAUGAAAAGUUCCAAAAAGCUUUACGCCAAUCGAUUAGCACAAAUGUUCCAGCGACAACCGCCUAUUAUCCCCCUGCUGCAGCCCCUCUCCCAACUAAUUUGGCGACACCGGCUGCCCCCACGCCAGCGCCAGCACCAUCUUCCAACACAACGUCCACAAACUCGGCAAAUUCGUAGAUUCGUUUCACAACUUAUUUAAGAAAAAAAAAAACCUGAACAGCAAAGGACUCGGGCGUCGAUGUUUGUUAAAGGAAACUGUUUAUGUGGCGACUCUAUUUUUGGUUAAAAUACAUGCAUAUAUAUUGUUUUCAUAAUACUUUGCUAUGUGAUGAGA